AUGCUCUUGAAACUCUUCCAGAAACCCAAAUUUAUCUCCACCGUCAGCCACCAUCUUUUAAUCGAAACUCCGCCUGCCUCUCCGCUUAAACUUCGCCAUUGUUCCACUCUCCUAAACCCUACAACAGAAAUUGAACCCUUAACACUAUCAGCCCUCAAAUCCAUAGUCCUCUCCCACUACCACCAUAAAAAAUUUCACAAUCUCCUUCAAAACGUCAUCGCUUCACCCUCCCUCCUCCUUACCGCGUGUCACAGCUUAAAAAAUCAUGCAAACCCGGUCACCACCACCCCAAACUCGCCCGAGUCACUGCCACUUAGUCUUGACUCAGUGUCCACCAACUUCUUCUCACUCCAAGAACUUUGCUUUCAGCUCUGUGAAAACCGGUUUGACGUCAACUCGUGUUGUGUUCCGAUUUUUCCACCGACCCACAAAGGUAAACCGCUUGUACUACCCAAUUUGAAACUUAAAGUUGUAAUUGAAGCUAUUAGGAUUGUACUUGAAGUUAUUUAUGACGAUAGAUUUGUUACCUUUUCCUACGGUGGCCGCGUUAACAUGGGCCGGCACACUGCAUUUAGGUAUUUAAAGAACUCUGUGGAAAAUCCCAGUUGGUGGUUUAGUGUUAAAUUUGAUCAUGAACUGUUUGAUACUAGGCAUGUUGAUAAGCUGUGUCUGAUACUGGAAGAGAAAAUUGAAGACAAUGCAUUGAUUAGUUUGAUCAAAAGGCUGUUUGAAUCAGAGGCAGUAAAAAUUGAAUUGGGAGGUAGCUAUUUAGGUACGGGAUUUCCUCAAGAAUGCGGAUUGAGUUCGAUUUUGAUUAAUAUAUAUUUGAAUGGGUUUGAUAAGAAAAUUCAAGAAUUACGGCUUAAAACUAACAAAGAGAGUCCUAAAGUAGAGGAAAAUGAGCUUGUUUCUAGGGCGUCUGUUUUGGGUAGUGUCUUUUAUAAGCCAUUAAAGAUAUAUGCUGUUAGGUAUUUGGAUGAAAUAUUGAUUAUUACGUCUGGAACAAAGAUGUUAACGAUGGAUUUGAAACGUAAUGUUGUAAAGUAUUUGGAGAAGGAAAUGGAGUUGAGGGUGGAUAGAGUGCAAACAGUUAUUCAUAGUGCUGUUUCUGAGAAAAUUGAUUUUUUGGGGAUGGAGCUUCAGGCCGUCACGCCUUCAGUUCUUGAUCCGCCUAUGUCGGAGAAGGCGAUUAGGGCACGGAAAAAGUAUCUCAGACAGAAAGAAGUAAGACUUUUGGAGUUGAGAAAUGCUAGAGAAAGAAAUAGAAGAAAGUUGGGUGAGAAGCUAUUCAGUCACGUGUUUAAGAAGUUGAAACGAAGUAAUGGGUUCGAAUGUGACUUCAAGAUUGAGAAUCAAGUGAAACUAAUAUUUAGCAAUUGGGCUGACGAAGUAGUUCAAGACUUUUUGGGAUCCGUGGACGAGCAAUGGGAAUGGCAUCGGAAGCUGUCAGCAGGAGAUUUUCUUUCUUUGGAAAGGAUUAGAGAUCAAUUGCCUCAGGAACUUGUGGAUUCUUACGACAACUUUCAAAAGCAAGUCGACAAGUAUUUGAAACCCAUGAAAGCAAAGAAAGCAUUGGAGGAAGAAAAGAGAAGAAUAGAAGAAGAAGAGGAACAAAGCUAUGCUAAAAGAACAGUCGAGGAUUUGACGAAACUGUGCAUAAAAGUUGAUGCACCUAUAGAACGUAUCCGCAAGGCAGUCAAGAUGGUUGGAUUUACCAAUCAUAUGGGUCGUCCAAGGCCAAUUAGUUUCCUUAUGGCUCUUGAAGAUGUUGAUAUCAUCAAAUGGUAUGCUGGAGUUGCGAGAAGAUGGCUCGAUUUCUUUUGCUGUUGUCAUAACUUCAAGAAAGUUAAAACUAUAGUGAGUUAUCAUCUUAGAUUUUCUUGUAUAUUGACUUUAGCAGAAAAGCACGAGUCCACCAAGCACGAGACGAUUAGACAUUUCACGAAGGAUUUAAAAGUUUCGGGUGUUGAUGGAGUUGAGGAGGUGCACUUUCCCACAGAACAGCAAGUGAAGAUGGUGGGAGAUGGAAAUCUUUCGGAUCCAAAGCCUGUAGACGGGGCGCUGACAGUGGUUCUGGUCCAAUUAGCCUCUGAUGAACCUUCAUACCGCUGCAUAGCUCAUUUCUGUGACCAUACGGACACUACUGUUUACCGGAUUCGAUUUCUACAGAACCAUUUGAAUUUGAACUCGAGGGAUGAAAAUGAUUGGGUUCUAGGAAUGUCCUCAAUUCAGAACAAUUUACAUAGGAAGUGUGUUCCUAUUUGUUAUGACCAUAUAAGUGAGUUAUACAUGGGCAGAUUAACACUUCAAGACAUCGAUUGCACUGCUUUUGUGGACGUUGAUUAA